UUUAGUAAAUCUACCAAUGGAGACAGGGCGGCGUCGUGCAAGCCGGUGAAUAAAAUUUUAUUUUUGAAGACACACAAAACCGGUUCAAGCACACUGACUAAUAUCCUAAAUCGCUACGGAGAUAACAGAGAUCUUCUGUUCGCUCUUCCUGUGCAAGAGAAAGCCUACCACUUCUUCUGGCCUCGAUCAUUCAAGCUUCGUUAUACUACGGUGUUUGGCAACGCACCAAAUAUCCUAUGUAAUCACGCAAGGUAUAACAAGGCCCCCAUGAACUGGCUAUUCCCAAAGGAAACAACUCGGUACAUAACGAUGUUGAGAGAACCAUCAGCACAUUUUGAAUCUAUAUUCAAUUUUUUCCGACUCGGUAAACGUUUCAAAGAAAUACGAAUGCUUAAGACUCCACUGGCCAGUUUUCUACAGAAAGCAGCAUUUUACUUCGACCAAGUGAAGCACAACUUAUCUGGUGCGUUAAACCUGAUAAAAAAUCCUUCAUUGUUUGAGCUGGGACUUGACCCAGUGUAUCACGAAAACUCUACCGUGGUAGAAAACUACAUCCGUUUUCUGCAGAAAGAGUUUGAUCUUGUAAUGCUGAUGGAGUACUUCGAUGAGUCGUUAGUCCUCUUAAAACGACGUCUCUGUUGGAAAAUGGAGGACAUUCUCUACUUUAAGCUCAAUGAAAGGGUGCAGAAGGAAAAGCAAAAUGUUCCAGCCUGGGCUAGGGAGGAAAUAAAGAAGUGGAACUCAGGAGAUGUGUUAUUAUAUGAUGCAUUUAACAAAACGCUUUGGGGAAAGAUAAAGGAAGAAGGACCAGAAUUUUACAACGACCUCGCACUUUUUAGAAAAGCAAAACAGGCCAUGGAAGAAGCCUGCCUAAGAAAGGGAAAAUUUUUGACGAAACCUUAUACUGGAAGAUUUGUCCAAGGUUACGCUGUAAAAACCGAUAUUUCAAAAGAGCUGAAUGAAACUUGCAAUAGAAUGAUCACGAAUGAAAUACCUUUCUUAGAACAUCACCGUAACAAACUGAUUAAGUUCUAUCAAAACAUUGACAACACUGUACAUUCAAUCAAAUGA